UUAGGAAAAAAAAAAAAAAAGAGAUUGCGAAAAUGGAAGGCAGCGAAAGCGAAGCAAUUUUCGAUUCUCUGAAUCUAAAUCCCCAACUUUUCAUCAACGAAACCCUGAACACCGUCGAUGAUCUCAUCAACGAUGCCUUCGAUUUCUGUCUCCAGGAAGCCUCCACGCUUUUGAAAAUCGAAGGCACCGACCGCUCCCAAGAUCUAACCAAGGGUGUUAAUUAUAUUCGCAAUAUGAUCCAAUCAAGUUUGGAUAAGCGGCUUGCUAUGUGGGAGAAGUACUGUCUUCGCCACUGUUUUAUGGUUCCUGAAGGUUUUUCUUUGCCCAAGAAUGAAGAGUUACCUGGUAGUUCUUCGAUGGUUCAAGAUACUGUGUCUGAUCCAGAUGUGGAUGCAGAGUUGGAUUCAUUAAGGGAUAAACUUACAUUGGCUGGGGCAGAGUCUGAUAAGCUCAACAGUGAACUUAAAGAAUUGGAAAGGCGGUCUGCUUCAAAUGGGCAUUGCGCUGGACUUAUUACUGAGGCAUUGCAGUUAUAUAAAGACAACUCUGUGCAUGACAUGUUCCAAGAAAUGAUGCAAACUGCAACAGACCUCCGUGUCAAAAUGCAGAAGCUAAAGACCAGACAGGUUGAAAGAAUGGAACAUGCACGAGCAGAGAGGAUAUACAAUUCACUUACUGAUUACUUCACUGUGAAUCAGGAGAAAGGCCUUUCCAAUGCAAAGUUGGAUGAUCUUCAAGAAUUUCUAGCGCAAUUGAAGAAGAUGUAAAAGUUAUACAUGUAAUAUGUCUAGUUGCACAGUUCUGUAUUGCUUUAGAGUUAACUGUAAGUCCUCUCUUUCUGCCAUCUUCUUCCUUAUUGGCUGAAGACUUUUGCUGUUUUUACGUUUUGUUUAUUUACACCCCUACUUAUGUUUACCAAUGUUAAGUGUAUUAUGUUGACUGAACAUAAAUUUAUUCAACCUAGUAAUCUGCCUAAAUAGAUGGAAUAGGUUGGAUAUAACAAUACAAUUGUGAUUCUCAUCUUCAAUCACUAUUGAAAUAAUGACAUAGGAUAAGGAUGAACUUGGAGCUUAGCUCACAUGGUUCAUCCAUUUCCCUAGGUGGAUUCCAACAAGGCUGGGAUUCAAUUCCUUCUAGAUAUUGGUCUCCCAUGUACCAAAAAAAGAAAUAGGAUAAGGUCUAUUAGAGUUCUGUACAGUUUACAUGGAGGUUGUUGAGUUUUCUAAUAAAAUUGUGUUAAAUGUUGAAAUUGUGAAGUUAGUAAUUUUAAUGCUUUGUAGAGAUUUGUGC